CUUCCCGUCGACUUCCACCCUUGCUCCCCAUCCAUCUCAUCAUCAAUCUCCUUUGAACACUGUAUUACUCAUCGCACAUCAUGGGCUUCCCAAUUCCCUCGGAAAAGAUCGAAUACAGGCAUUACAUCAAUGGCGAAUUUGUCGAAUCAUCCGACAGCGGCAAAUUCGAGCUGAAGUCGCCAUACAGCCACGAAAAGAUCACCGACAUUUGUGAGGCAUCUGUCGAUGAUACAAAUCGUGCUGUAGCAGCAGCCAAGGAAGCAUUCCCAGCAUGGUCUGCAAAGAGCCCCGCCGAACGUGGCGCUCUUAUGAAAGCACUGGCUGGCAAGAUCAGAGAAGCACACAACGAGCUCGCACAACUCAAUGCUAUGGAUAUGGGACGUCCGAUUUCUACCUACUUCGACGGCUACUUUGCAGCGUCACUGUUUGAGCACUACGCGGAGUCAGCCUAUACGGCCAAGGGAGAGACAAGUCUGAACUCGCCUGGCUAUAUCAACAUGACCUUCAGGCAGCCAAUCGGUCCUGUAGCGGCAAUCAUACCAUGGAACAUCCCAACACUGUCUUUCGCCAUGAAGAUCGCACCAGCUGUAGCAGCAGGCUGUACAAUUGUGCUCAAGACGUCGGAGAAGGCUCCCCUUACACCCACACUGUGCGCCAAGUUCGCUCAUGAGGUUGGAUUCCCACCUGGCGUGAUCAAUGUUCUCAACGGCCACGGAACACCUUCCGGCGCCACUCUGGCCAGCCACAUGGACAUCCGCAUGGUGAACUUCACAGGGUCGACCAUGACUGGCAAGAAGAUUCAGCAAAUGGCUGCAGGUAGCAACCUCAAGAAGGUGGUGCUCGAACUGGGUGGCAAGUCACCAGCCAUCAUCUUCGAAGAUGCCGACAUCGUUAAGGCCGCCACGGCGACUUCAGCUUCGAUGCAAAUGCUCAUGGGCCAAGCUUGUGUCGCAAACAGCAGAAUUUACGUGCAAGAGUCUGUCGCAGAUAAGUUCAAGGAGGCUUUCAUCGCCAUGUUCAAAGCUGCAAAGAAAGGUGACCCUCUCCUGCCGGAGACUCAGCAAGGUCCUCAAGCCGAUCAGCUUCAACAUGAGAGGAUACAAACAUUCUUGCAGGCUGCGACUGAGGGCAAGGGUAAGCUGGAGUCUGGAGGCAAACCUGCACAGGUUGAUGGGAAGGGCUACUUCAUUGAGCCCACCGUCUACUCCAAUGUGGACGAGAACGAGAAGACUCAAAAAGAAGAAGUCUUCGGCCCCUUCGUCAAUAUCAACACAUUCAAGACCGAGUCCGAGGCUCUCGAGAAGGCCAACGCGACAGAGUACGGUUUAUAUGCUGCAGUGUUCACGAAAGACAUCAAUCGUGCACUCCGCGUGGCCAAAGCUUUCGAGUCUGGUACCGUUGGCAUCAACUGUUCGAGCCCCACAAUGGCGAUGGAUAUGCCUUUCGGUGGUUACAAGGGCUCUGGUCAAGGUAGAGAAGGAUAUGGCUACAGCAUUGAAGAACAUUUGGAGCAUAAGACUGUGCUGAUCAAGAUUGAUGACGAGGCUGCUUCGCCGCUUCAAAGCGAUGCUCCCAAGGGCUAAGACGGGCUAUGUCGCGAUCAGCUUUGCGGGAGAGCGUGGAUGGAAACAUC